AUAAAAUAAAUAAAUAAAUGAGUUUUGAUUUUAAAUUUGUAAUUCCGUUUCUCCCUGCAAUUAUAUAUAUGUAAGGGAGUAAAUGACACGAAACAAACAAAAUAAAGUAAGUAAAACCGAAAGGAAAAGAUAAUGUCGUCGAGUAGCAUCACCCCAACAUUUGCAGCGGCCAACCUCCUCUUCAAAGCCAAGACCCUCACCGGUACCGGCACCGGCGGUGGUGUUGGUGUUGGCCACCUCCAAUUUCUCUGCUCUUCACCCCACCAUCUCCCUUGGCUGCCUCGUCUCCUUGCUUUUCAACAUCAUCGUAACCAUGAUGCUAUUACGGGUAGUACCAGUACGCGCCCUCCUCCUCGCAUGCCUCUUCGCCGCCCGUUCUCUUCAUCCUCCACCGAAUCACCUGAGCUCUCUUCUUCUUCUUCUUCUUCUUCUUCUUCCUUUUCAAUCAAAGAUGCGGCCGACAUGCUGGACAUUAGGGUUGGGCGCAUCCUCAAGGCUUGGAGGCACGAGGAGGCCGAUUCUCUCUACGUGGAAGAGGUCGAUGUCGGGGAGGCUGAGCCCAGAAUCAUCUGCAGCGGCCUCGUCAAUUACAUUCCUCUUCACCACCUUCAGGAUAUAAAAGUGGUUGUUCUCGCUAAUCUCAAGCCUAGGAAUAUGCGCGGUGUUAAAUCAUCCGGGAUGCUCAUGGCUGCUUCUGAUGCUUCCCAUGACAACGUCGAGCUUCUUCUGCCUCCCCAAGAUUCAAUCCCCGGUGAAAGAAUUUGGUUUGGCUCUCAACUCAAUCAAGAAAAUCAGACUCUUCCUUCUCCUGCCACUCCUAACCAGAUUCAAAAGAAAAAGGUCUGGGAACUUGUUCAACCUCAUCUGAAGACAAACGAUUCUUGUAUUGUUAUACUCGGGGACCAUGUUAUGCAAACAUCUGCUGGUGCUGUGCUGUGCAGAUCUUUGAAGAACGCAAAUGUCUCUUGAUUGGAGCAACAACUCCAUGUAACCUACGACCACAACUUCUUGAUACUUAUAUGCCAUUUAUCAUUAAAGCAUUGUUGUCCUCUAUAAUACGCGAUUUCAUAUUUUACCAUUUCAUAUAAUUCAUUGCUUGGCUUCAUAUUUUACCCA